AUGCGUUUCAAUAGUAUUCUCGCUGCUUCGGCUUCACUCAUUGCCGUUGUUUAUGCCAAUGCGCCUCUUGCUUUCACCUCAUGGCCUAGUGAUGUUCAAGCCGGCAAGCCUGUAACACUCACAUGGCAAGGCGGUGCUUCUGACCAGCCCGUUACCUUGACCCUGCGCAAGGGAUCUUCUACCAAUCUGCACGACGUGGAGAUCAUUACAGCGAAUGCCAGAGACGGCACUUUCACAUGGACACCUGGCACCAAUGUCAAGGAUGGCGAAGACUAUGCCUUCCAAAUCACCCAGGGGGGCGAGCGGAACUACUCUGCACUCCUCAAAGCCGGACCUGCAGUCAAUCCGGAGUCGGCUACCCAGUCUGCCACCCAAGCAAGCGCCGCUACUACUAUGAGCACAGGCACUAGUGUUUCUAGCAUGACCACUGGCAUGAGUACUACGAUGAAUCGGGUCAUUAGCUCGACCACUGCCUCUGGCGCGACUACUGCCACUGAGGCCCACUCAACAGAGACAUCCACCGUUCCUGUCACUUCAGUGGUGGACGGUACCACCACAACUUUAGCUCCUGCCACCACCAGCAAGCAAUUGAUCGGCACCCAGACAGCCGGAACCCCUUCCAGCAGCAUGUAUCCUUCAAUGACUGCAUCCGAAUCCAUGACUUCGCAAUCCGUCGAGUCAAGCUCUGCGCAUCCUCGCCCUACGGAGACAGGCACUACUCACAGCAACAGCGCCUCUCCUCGGGAGACAUGUUACAACUUGGUCAUUGGCGUGGUGGCGAUGCUUGCGGCGUACCUGGUCUAG